GAAAGCAGAGCUGUCAGAUAGAAUGUGAGCCGGAAGAAUCUGUUUGCCAUUUCAUCAUCGGCUCCGGGUGAAUCCUUGAAUCUGAACCAAAGCUAGAGUAAAAGGACUUGAUGGGUCGUCCUGCUCCUUCUUGCCGGCCGCUCCAAACUAGCUAAAAUGGAAUGUACUGAGCGAAUCAGAUGCAGAGAGCUUGGAGGGUCAUCGUCUUUUCACGACAAACUGUACUCGGAGAUUGAGGAGGUUGGCUGGGACCACCUUGUCCGAUUGGGUGAUGACGUAACAUUUCUCAGCUUCCGCACCUUAGAUAAAUCAGGAAGAGUGCAUGUCGUGGAGGUUCGAUUUGAUGACGCCCUUGGAUGUGCACCAACUAUCUCAGCGGACAUCCCAUAUCUUCCCAAUAUCAAAUGGUCAGCAAACUUGAGGUUAAAGGAUGUUCUAGUUCAGUUUGAAAAGCAUUUGGAGAAGCUUCAGGAGUUUUGGUCGAUAUUAGAUGAGAUCGACCGAUCUCUCUGGAUUGUGGGCCCAAAAUCGCCAUCACGUGCAUCAGGCAAUCGCCAAGUUAAUCUAGGAAAUGAUUGCACUCUUUUGGUGUCAAUAAGUGCCCACGAUCCUCGAUCUUUGCCAGACAGAUGUCGUUUUUUGGGCCCAAAUUCUUGCAUAAGUGCUAUGAAAUUGAUAUGGAGCAGAAACAGCAGAAAGUGGACAAAAGGGAAGUCUUUUGCUGAUAAUCUUACAUGUAUGUUGGAGUUUCAACUGCCAAAGGCCCCAGAUAUUGUUCAAACAAAUGAUGAAGUUGAAUGUGGCAUUUGUUAUGCUCAAUAUCUUCCUCUAGGUGAUGAGCUUGAAGCCAAGAGAGAGUGUGGAAUCGAUUACAGAUGUGAUAAUGCCAACUGCAGCCGAGGUUUUCAUAGUAUUUGUCUUGUGGAGUGGCUGCGCUCCAUUUCGACAACAAGGCAGUCGUUUGAUGUUCUAUUCGGGAAUUGCCCGUAUUGCUCAGAAGCUAUCGCUGUCAAACUCAACAACGGAAAGAAGUACUUCUAAAUCUCAAGCGAUAUUCUGUCCAGAAAUGCAUCACAUCAGCACAUUCAUGCAUCACAUCAUCGAUAUUCCGUCCAGAAAUGCAUCACAUCAGCACGUUCAUCCAGGCAAGAAGAGCAACCUCGUUUUACUCCAAUGGCUAGAUUUUAUUGCCUGAAGAUUGGAUGGUAUCGGUGGCCCCUCUUGGUAGUCAAGAUGCAUCAAGUGCUCGCUUAAAAUGACAUGCUGGGCCGGAUCUAAUAGACUGAACCAGGACAAGUCGGGUCAAUAACUGUAAGGAUACUAGUUAUAUUUUUCCGAGUUUAUAUUCAAUGCACGAUGCUGCAAGGUCAUCUAUUAUCCAUCUGCGGACAUGUUUCGUACCUAUUUGUAGUCUCACUGUGAGCACUCGUAAAUGACAAAGAACAUUGGGUUGAGAACACCUUCCAAUUACAAAUAAA